UCUCCAUCGAUCCCCCCAGCGCCAACACGUGUCUCGCAAGCGCUUCUGUCCCUGAGCCGGCGCCUUCCGACCGCCUCUCUAUCGGUCUCCCAUUCAUCGUCGACCCUAACCCUAACGCCGACCACCAUUUAAUUCAAUCCCUAGAGAUCUCGAUUCCACCGCCGACAUCGAGAAAGAGAGAAAGGAGAGGAGGAGCCGAUCGUGGAGAUGGAGAAGAGGGAAGCUUCGGCGACGAGGCCGCCGAACCCGGCGAUGCCUUACCGAGAGGACUGCUGGAGCGAGGGCGAGACGUCUUCGCUUGUCGACGCCUGGGGAGACCGCUACAUCGAGCUCAACCGCGGAAAUCUCCGCCAGAAGCAGUGGCAGGAGGUCGCCGACGCCGUCAACUCCCGCCGUGGCGCCGGCCGCCGACCAUCCCGCACCGACGUCCAGUGCAAGAACCGGAUCGACACGCUCAAGAAGAAAUACAAGGUCGAGAAGUCCCGGGUCGCCGGCAGCGGCGAGAGCCAGUGGCCCUUCUUCUCCCGGCUCGACGCCCUCGUCGGAUCUGCCCCGCCGCCGACGUCGAAGAAGCAAUCCGGGUCGCCGCCGCUUGCUCUGGCGCUCCCUUUCCAUAGGAAAGGUUCCGCUUUGCCCGUCGCCUCCGCCGUGCGACCGGCGGAGACGAAGAAGAAGCGUACUGCCGUCGCCUCCUCUGCUGUGGACAACCCUUUCUUCAGGCGCGCUGCUGCUGCUGCUGCUGCGGCUGCAGCGGCUACAGAAGAUGAUGACGAUGUCGACGACGACGAGGAAGAAGAGGAGCAGGAGCGAUCUGGCUCGCUAUCGAGGUCAUCCUCAAGGUCUGGAAGAGGUCUGAAAAGGGAGAGGGAGGAAGAGGGCAGCGGGAUUCGAGAACUGGCUAAGGCAAUCAUGAAGUUUGCGGAGAUAUACGAGAGAGUGGAGGAGUCAAAGCAGAGACAGAUGAUCGAAUUGGAAAAGCAGCGGAUGGAGUUUGCCAAGGCCUUGGAGUUCCAGAAGAUGCAGAUCGUAGUGGAUUCGCAGGUGCAGCUUGCCAAGAUUAAGCGAGCCAAGCGAUCUGACACUGACAGUUACUCUUAAUCCGCCACUAAGGAGAAGAGGAUAAAAGGUUGCUGCACCAUGGCGGCUUCUUAUUGUGUUGUGGAUGCCCUUUAGCUCCAUUAGUAAGCAGCAGGAGAUGAACAACUCAACUUGCUCUCCGCCGAACGUAGCAAAACAGUUGUCUGUCCAGAUUAGGUUCCUUCAUAUCGUGUUUAUUUUGAGGAUGGUUUUGUUUUUCUUUCAUUUAUUUGCUCUUCCAUUUCCUCUCAAGUGAUAAACUGGUCGUCUGUGUAAACUAUGCAAUGCUAACUGCCGGAUUGAAGUCCUUGGCUUAUUUUUCCUUUUA